ACUGUGAUUCUACUGCAGAGCACAACCUGAUAGCAGCGAUGGUAAAAGGUUGGUCGUUCACUCGUGGUGCACACAGUGUUAGACUGGGGGGUGGACGCGGGUGAAAAGUCUGCUGUGAUGGGGGAUAGGGGGCUGCUCAUCCUUCUGCUUGCAGGGUUUUGUGUGCCUGCGUACAACCAGAUCAGAAAAUACGUGUUUGUGGAAACUGUGAAGAGCUGGUCUGAAGCUCAGAGGUACUGUAGAGAGAAGCACACAGACCUGGCCACUGUGCGCAGCCAGGAAGAAGUAGAGCAGCUCUUACCUGUUACAGGAGCUUCUCUCAUUGCUAAUGCCUGGAUCGGGCUGUAUCGUGAUGACACACAGAACUGGCAGUGGUCUAACAGCGAUGAUGUCAUCUACUCCAACUGGAGGGCAGACGUCUUCUGUGCUUCAGUCAAUUCAGAUGGAAAGUGGACUGAUUUACCCUGCAAUCUUAAGAAAGCCUUCAUGUGCUACAAAGAGAACAGCAUCAUCACUGAGAGAUACACCCUGAUUGAAGAACUGAAAACCUGGACUGAAGCUCAGCAGUACUGUAGAGAACACCACACCGACCUCGUCAGUAUAAAGAGUGCCAGUGAAAAUGAAGAAAUAGUGAAGAAAGCGCAGGGCAAGACCUUCUGGAUAGGUCUGUUCAAUGAGCCCUGGAAGUGGUCACACCAGGGGGAUAACUACACAUUUCACAACUGGAACUACUGGGAACCAAACAAUUGGAGGGGGGAUGAUAACUGUGUGGCGAUGAGUAACACUGGUGAAUGGUUUGACUAUGGCUGCAACAGCUGGAUCUCCUUCUUCUGCUGUGAGGGCGGCUCCUCUGGUCAGUGUUCCUAUGAAGGAACUUGGAAGACAUGGCAGGAAGCUCAGAGCUACUGCAGAAACCAAGGCAGAGACCUGCCCACCAUUCAAGACCAGGCCAGGGUUAAUGAGCUUAUAGGUCUUACAUCUUCAAUUAGUUACUGGUAUUACUGGAUUGGGCUGUAUCAUGACAAAGAGAACUGGCAGUGGUCCAGUGGAGGUGAUGUCAUCUACUCCAACUGGGAACCAUACCUCUUCUGUGCUUCAGUCAAUGCGGAGGGAGAGUGGGAGGAUUCAAUCUGCAGUCAGAGAAACUAUUUCAUGUGCUACAGCGAGACCAGCAACAUCGCUGAGAGAUACACCCUGAUUGAAGAACUGAAAACCUGGACUGAAGCUCAGCAGUACUGUAGAGAACACCACACCAACCUCGUCAGUAUAAAGAGUGCCAGUGAAAAUGAAGAAAUAGUGAAGAAAGCGCAGGGCAAGACCUUCUGGAUAGGCCUGUUCAAUGAGCCCUGGAAGUGGUCACACCAGGGGGAUAACUACACAUUUCACAGCUGGAGCAAUGGGCAACCAGACAACUGGAGAGGGGGUGAGAAGUGUGUGAUGAGGAGUAAGACUGGUGAAUGGCAUGAUGCUCCCUGCAACUAUCAGAAUUCCUUCUUCUGCUAUGAUGAUUCAGACCCCACAAGCCUCUCUUCCACUCCGGUCUCUCAAGAAAGAGAAUCCUCGAGCCCCACUUCCAUUCCGGUCUCUCAAGAAAGAGAAUCCUCGAGCCUCCCUUCCACUCCGGUCUCUCAAGAAAGUGAAUCCUCGAGCCUCCCUUCCACUCCGGUCUCUCAAGAUUCAGACCCCACAAGCCCCCCUUCCACUCCGGUCUCUCAAGGAGAAUCCUCGAGUCCCCCUUCCACUCCGGUCUCUCAAGAAGGAAAAUCUUUGAGCCCCCCUUCCACUUCGGUCUCUCAAGGCACUCCAGUCCCUGAGGAUCUCCACCUGAUCUCUCACAGUAUGGUCUGGCCGGAGGCUUGGCAGUACUGCAGGGAUCACUACACUAGCCUAGUGAGCAUCACAAGCCUGGCUGCACAGAACAGAGUGUUGGAGCUCGUCAGGAACAACACUGCAUCGCGAUUCUGGAUCGGCCUGCACAGAACCGUUGUGUAUGAUAACUGGUACUGGGUUGCUGGUAAGGAUAAGAAGGCCCGUCUAAACUACACUAACUGGCCUCCUGGGGAGCCCAACAAUCCCUAUUAUGAGCACUGUGGGGAGAUGGUACUGCGGGAGGAUGGGGGGGCUGAGUGGAAUGAUCUGUGCUGCUAUGAACAGCUCCCCUUUAUCUGUUUCAAAGAUUAAAAACAUCCUGAAAAGCUUUUACAGCAGUGGCUCUCAAACUCCAGCUGGGACCCCUUUUAAAGGCACUUUAGUCUGAAAAAACUAAAAAAAAUAUAGAAAUACCAAAAUCUAAAUUGUAUGAACAUGGAAUGUGUGAAUAUUAAAGCAGUAAGAAAUCUCGUAUCUGACAGAGUUUGCAAUGCCAUGUCUGCUCUCUAUAAAGAGCUGCUGCAAUGCACUGCAGCCAUCGCGGAUGGUAGGUCUGCUUGUGAUGAGGUCGUUUAAAACAUUUUUGUGAACCCCAAGGGGGUCCCAACCCCCAGUCUGAGAACCACUGUCUCCACAGAACCCAGAGCUUACUAUAGAGUAGUGCAGCAAAAUACUACACAUUCCUAUUGAAGAAAAUCCUAUGUAGCAAUCUUUAAUGAUAUACAUCACUGUGAUACUUUCGUACUUGUUUAAUAUCCUAUUGUGUGUGUGUUCUGUACAAGGCUCGAAGUUAACGUAUAUUUGGUAGCAUUUUGCUACCAAAACUCUUAAUUUGCUACUAUUUUUUAUGCAGUAGCAUUUUUCUGAUCCCUUACGCUGCAGUUUAUAUGACCGAUCCUGAGUGAACAGGAACACAAUUACCACUAUUAGUUUUUUAAACACGUACAUUACUAGUAUCUUUCAUAAAGCAGGACACCAUUUCUAAUAGAGCUUCCUGAUCUGCAGAUGCCUGAGGUUUGUACCGCUGUCGUGCCGAAUUCUGCCCCUUGCUGAAUUUCGAGAUGCGCAUGCAUGAGAGUUUUGUUGAAGUCUGUCUGUGUGACUUACUGAAGCUAUUAAUUUAUUCAUCAAUGUGGUUUACCGUGAACUUGCGCUAUAUCUAGCCUCAGACGACUCAUGUCAUUUUUUAAAAGUUACCUUCUAACCCUGGCUCUGUAUGAUUCUCUAUUGUUUCUGUUCAGAGCAUGAUCUGCCAUGCUUACUAAAUUUUCCAGCAAUCAUGGCUUCUGAAAAGGCUGAUUUUGAUGAAGCGAGGUCGGGAAGCAUACAAGUGUUGCUCAUACUUCAGUGUACAAUGCUUCAGAGCUUCAGUGCACUGCGCAACGCUAAUAUGCUUCCCCACCUCACUUCCUCACAAUCAGUCUUGAGGAGUCUUUUCAGAAGCUGCUUCACUUGUUUUUUUUAAUUCCGGAUCCACAGCUGUUUAUUUCCUGGUACCUUUGCUGUGGCUGACUUGAUCUGAUUAAGGACGCAGCAGCAGCUCGGUUUUAGUUAUUAUCAUCAAGAACGCUGCCUUUGAAAUAUCGACAUGUUCCAAGCUGAAGUAUAAAACACAAACAAACAAAAAAAGCCCAGUGAUAAUACUGUGGGGUUAGUAAGCUUUCAGAAAAGGAAUUUGACCACUUUGGUUAGGAGUGCUUUAGUAUAGGAUAUAGGGGAGAAGCACAGAGGGGGAACGGGUUAACUUGCUAUUUUCAUUAGUGCUUCUUUUAAGUACUUUCAAUAUUGUGUUAGUUUUUACAUAUUUAGAAGUUUUUAUAUAUUUAAGAGCGUGUGUCUGUAGUCGGGCCUGUAUGAGGUCAUCAGCACCAGUAUACAAAAACUCCACUUGGAAAACAAAAGAGAAAGAAACCUUUUAUUUUCCUUGUUUGCACUUUUGUGUUGCUUCCCUGAGCUGCAGCAGAGCGGACAUUCAUACCCCCCUGCUGCUGCAGGUAGUGGCAGGAGUGAGUCUGGUUAGGGUUAGGCCUGUUUAGUGACAUUAGAGUGACACAAAGAGUGGCCAGAAAGCUUCAAGGAGAGAGGAAGCUUGUGUGCCUGCCUGCCUGCAGCUGAAACGACCUGCCUCUAGGGAACGCAAACAAACUGGACAGCCAACAGGGCCUGGCUUCUGAUGAAGCAGAUUGCACCUCAUGCUAUUCUAUUGAAUGUAAUAAACAGACACGCCGUAGUUAUAUUUGAAUAUGAUGCUGCAGUUUUAACUAAACAAAACAGGAAACCUGUAAUAGAUUGAGUGAUUCAUAGCUCACUGUUUAUAUUCUGUAUUUCUGUGUGGAUUUCUUGGGAUUAUAAGAUUAAUAAAG